UCGAUAUCCAAUGAAUUUUUCAUGCAAUUUUCGAGCCGAACAUACGCCGCGUACGUGUAAUACGUGCAAGUCAUUAUAUUGAUGUCUGAAGAGCCCAAAUCAAAACUGGCUUUGGUGAAACGGAAGGCCAAGGCAGGCCCUUCAGCAUCCAGAAAACGACUCAAAAUCCAACCCACGUCUUUAGAUGGAUUGCCUUGGAAGGCCGUUCAUCGACCCAGUGAGACGGGCCUCGAUGGUGACGAUGGAAUACUGGAACUAGAAGAGGUGGAAAAUGUGGAAGUGGUGUACGAAGAUACAGAAGGAGGGAGAGUCAUGAAGUUCAAUGUCCUCGAACCGUCGAGCAAGACAACAAAGGCCAUCAAGGGCUCUGAGCAUGGGGCAGAGGUGCCAUCUUUAGCCAGCUCAGAACUACUGAAUCCUUCAGUGCAGUUUGACUCCAAAUCUUUGCUGCCAAAUUGGCAUGCUUUUUGUAUACAUUCCCAUCUUUUACAGGUUCUUCACUCGCGAGGGUUUGCUACACCAACCCCAAUACAAGCGAAAUCGCUGCCGAUAGCCUUGAACGGGCGGGACGUCGUUGGAGUGGCAGAAACCGGAUCUGGAAAGACGCUUGCAUAUGGGCUUCCUAUUCUCCACAGUAUCCUAUCACAUCCUCGGCUGCCAAGGACUAAGCGGAAACUGCAGGCACUUAUUUUAGCUCCCACCCGUGAACUCGCCCUACAGGUCUCCGAUCACCUCAAUGUCUUCGCACGAGUAAUUGGUAUGAAGGACGAACAAGAAGUCGAUCUCAGAAACACCGAGGCUGAGGAAAAACAGCACGAACAAAAGAUUUCCCCACCCCUCGUUAGCAUCGCUGCCAUAGUCGGUGGAAUGUCGGCGCAAAAGCAGCGGCGUAUACUUGACCGGGGUGUUGACGUGUUGGUAGCGACGCCAGGUCGGCUUUGGGACAUUUUAGGAGAGGAUGAGGGACUGGCAAGACAGAUCGCCCAGCUGAAAUUCUUGGUGCUGGAUGAGGCCGAUCGUAUGGUCGAAGCGGGACAUUUUGCUGAAAUGGACAACAUAUUGCGGCUCACGGUUCGAAAAUCCCAAGAAGAUGAAAUUGAACCUCCAGAAGCCCCGAACGAUUAUCUCGAUACUCAUAAAGGUGCAGAGGACGCUGAGGCUCCCCCUGUGGAUGCACUGCAAACCUUUGUCUUCUCCGCCACCCUCAGCAAGGAUCUCCAGAAGAACCUGAAACGGAGUUAUCGUCAGAAGAGCUAUAAGAAGUUGUUCAAACCGGCUAGCACACUUGACGACCUUCUUCUGCGCCUUGACUUUCGUGACCCCGAUCCGGCUGUAAUUGACAUUAGUCCCGAAGGAGGCGUUGUGUCCACACUCAAAGAGAGCAAAAUAGAGUGUCUUUCCACAGAUAAGGAUGCAUACCUAUACUACUUCCUGUUACGGUACCCUGGCCGUUCCCUCGUGUUCUUAUCGUCGAUUGACGGCAUCAGGCGACUCAGUCCACUGAUGGAACUCCUGAACCUCAAGGCCUUUCCUCUACAUUCACAAAUGGAGCAACGCCAGCGCCUCAAAAACCUUGAUCGGUUCAAGACGACUACGAAUGCCGUUCUCCUGGCGACAGAUAUUGCUGCAAGAGGUCUUGACAUACCUGCCGUCGACCAUGUCGUUCACUAUCAAAUACCACGUUCCGCUGAUGUGUUCGUUCACCGCAACGGACGUACUGCUCGUGCGAUGCAGAAAGGUUUUAGCUUGUUGAUGUGUGCCCCCGACGAGCGUCGAGUGGUAAGGGCACUGUUAGCAAGCCUGGGUCGUAACGAUGCAGAUAUUCCUGAGGUAUCAGUGGAGCUAACGCUUCUCGAUAAGCUCAAAAAUCGUAUCUUGCUUGCUCGACAAAUCGAUUCCCAGCAACACAAAAUCAAGAAGCAGAAUCAUGAACGGAACUGGUUAAAGGAAACUGCGGAAGCGAUGGAGAUAGAGCUUGAUUCCGAUAUUUUGAGCGACGCGGAUGAAAGUCACCCUUCAAAACAACGGAAGAAGAAAAGCGACGCAAAGAUUGCGGCUUUGAAAGCUAAAUUAAAUCAACUCAUGUCCCAGCCACUCCUUAGCCGAGGUGUCUCGACUAGGUACAUCACCUCUGGAAGUCGGCCCAUCGCUGACGACAUAAUAUCGGGAGAUGUGCAUGAAAUCAUGUUGGGCCUCAAGAAAUCGGAAGCCGGCGACGAUUUGGUUGCCGGCGCCAAGAAAAAGCCAAUGAACAAAAAAGAACAUGAAGAACCAGAGGAAUGGAACGGCUUCGGUUCAUGAAACAUGCCUUGAUGCACGAGGAUCUGCUAUACACAGUACGUACUCCCUCGUCAUGAGCGGUACAGUAGUUGUCUAGCGCUCAUUGGCAGUGCGGGCGCAGCCGCCACGUCGCUGACGCAUGAGAAGCUGCGUGUCAUCAGUUUAAUGAAUCGUAUGUCGAAGGACGUGUUGGAUUUCAUCUUGGCCUAAGCUCAAUCAUUGGGUUGGCCGUUCACAUGAACUGUCAGCCUACAAGGUUUAAAUCAUGAUGCGCCACGACUAUUAGCCAUGCAGGUGUGGUCUUGGCCUGACAUAUUUUUGUUUGAUUCCACAACGCAGAUGCCACGCUCGUCGCAGUCCUGAACACGAGGAUGAUUGACGCCGAAGGAGCUUCGAUACCGGAAGAAAAGUCCCCAAUCAUGUACUUUUUUUGACACUGUGCAAGGGUCUCGUAGCACUCGAUGGUUGCGACUUGAAUGGAUGAUUCACAUCUUUGUUCGGUGUGAAACACGAUUUGUAC